AUGUCCGAAUCUGCCCCCAAAUUCGAAGGCUGGAUGGGCCUCGACCGCGAUUCAGCCAAGGGGAAGAUGGUAUGGCAGAAGUUCCAGCCCAAAGCCUGGGAAGAGUCUGACCUAGACCUCCGCAUCACCCACUGCGGAAUCUGUGCGUCUGAUCUCUGCGUGUUGCGCAGUGGAUGGCGUCCCACCCCAUACCCCUGCUGCGUUGGCCAUGAGAUUGUUGGCCUUGUCAUCCGAGUAGGAGCACAGGCUGAAGGCUUUGUAAUCGGGGACCGGGUCGGUGUUGGCCCGCAGAGCGAUUCGUGUCGGGGUCGCAUUGAUGGAAACUGUAUCGAAUGCAGUACCGGGAACGAGAAGUACUGCACCAAGUUAUGGACGGGGACAUACGCUGGACGUUACCUGGACGGCAGCAUGUCAUAUGGCGGGUAUGCAUUGUUCCACCGCGUACCCUCUCACUUCGUCGUAAAGAUCCCAGAUGGAAUUUCCUCUGCUGCGGCUGCUCCCAUGUUAUGUGCCGGAGCCACCGUCUACGCACCGCUGAAGCAAUACGGCUGCGGACCAAGGAAGAGAGUCGGCAUCGUCGGAAUUGGGGGACUGGGGCAUUUUGGGAUCCUGUUUGCAAAAGCCUUGGGUGCAGACUGGGUUUCUGCAUUCUCGCGACAACCUUCAAAGCAGGUGGAUGCUCUGAAGCUGGGGGCCGAUAUUUAUGUCGCGACAGGGGAGCAGCAGAACUGGUCAGCUCAGCAUAUGAGAAGUUUGGAUCUGAUCAUCUCGACCGUCUCAUCGAACACGCUUCCGAUCGACGAGUACAUGAAGCUGUUGCGGCCAAACGGGGCUUUUGUGCAAGUGGGAAACCCCGAAGAUGGGCCGUUCACCUUUCCAGCCGGAGCGCUAAUCGGGAUGGGUCUGAGAUUUUGUGGCUCAAAAAUUAGCAACCCCAGCGAAAUGCGCGAAAUGCUAGAGCUUGCUGAACGAAAGGGCAUUGAGCCGUACGUGGAGGAGAGACCGAUGGCCGAGGCCAACCAGGCUAUCAUCGACAUGGACCAGGGAGCGGCUCGAUACCGCUACGUGCUGGUGAAUUGA